AGUUGGCGGUUGGAAGCGGCGGUCGGAGUUUGCAGCUCGUGGGGUACUUCGGUUUCUCUGCCGUGGCCUGCAGCCCCUCGGCGGUGGGGCUCGCGGCCGCCGAGCUGGAGGCAGCGGGGCAGCGGGACCAGCCGGGGGCGCCCAGCCGGCCCGCCUGCGAGCCGGGCCCGGGGCAGCAGGAGCGGCGGCCUCGGCCGCCCGUCUGCUUGUCGCAGAUGGAGGCCAGCCUGACGUGCGCCGUGUGCCUGUCCCUGUUCGAGGAGCCGGUGACGCUGCCCCUCUGCUCGCACAACUUCUGCCGGGACUGCGUGCUGGAGUGUCUGGCCUCGGCCGAGGCCGCCCGCCUGCAGCAGCAGCGGGGCCAGGGGCAGGCCCGCCUCUCUCGGGGGGGACCGGGGCCGGGCGCCGGCGGCGGCGCAGCCGGCGCCCGGGUGUCGUGCCCGCUGUGCAGGAAGCUGUGCCCGCUGCCCCGCGGCGGCGCCGCUGCGCUGCCCGUCAACACCACCCUGGCGGAGGUGGUCAAGCUCUACCGCUCUGGCACGGCCAAGGCGGGGGAGGCGGAGCAGGGGCAGGGGCCUGGCCUGCUCUCCCCGCUGGCGCUUGGGGGAUCCUGCCAGAAGCAUCCGAGCCGGCUGGUGCAGCUCUACUGUCGGAUGUGCCGCCAGGCGGGAUGCGGGCAGUGCGUGUCUGAGGAGCACCAAGGCAUCUUCCACUCCGUCAACCUCAUAGACACUGUGUACCAGGAGGAAAAAUUAACCUUCUUCAGCAGUCUGAAAAAAAUGAGAAUAAUAAAUGAGAAGCUGAUGAAUGAAAUCUCAAGUCAACCGAAUGAUAUGGAUAUGGUGCUGAACAAUGAUGCAGAGAUAAUUGCACUGGAAUUUGGAGAAAUUUUCAAAACUCUGGAAAUGAAGAAACGGCAAUUGCUAGAAGAUGUUGAAAAUCAAAGAAGUAAAAAAGAGAAAGAAUUUCAGAUUUGGAAAAAAAUGAAGGAAACUCACAAGAAGACCAUUGAGAAUUUUUUGAAGGAUUGUGAAAAGCUGGUCCACGAGUGUGAUCCUCAGCGUUUCCUGGAGGUGGCCUGUGGCUUGAAUACAAGAAUGAAAACUCAGCUUGACCUGAUGAAUAUAGCAUCCAGCUAUGAAAAACCACCAGAGUAUACUCAAAAGAAGAUGGAUAUCAAACCUGUGGUUAAUGAAAUCUUGGCUUUGAAGUUAAUGCCUGUUAACGUAGGCAUCGUUAAAGAUCUACCUUCAGGAGGAAACAAGAACUCAGCAAAAAAUACUCUAUUUAAAGAUAACACAAAGCAAUGGCAGGACCAGAAGAAUAUACCCAACACGUUUCUUCCUGUAGCAGGACAGGAGGAGGCACUAGCAGACGGUAGCAGGAUCUGUACUCGCUUAAUGUCAAUAUCGGAAAUGUCAGCAUUUCAAAACAUGAGUCAUGAGGAGUUACGUUACAAAUACUAUAUGGAACAUCAGAAGCUCACCAAUGAGUUCAAGACACAUGCUUUAUCUGCAAAUAAAAAGUAUAAAUUUGUAGUUGCUGAGGCGUUGAAGGAUAGGUCCUCAGAAACUCCUUUUGCAUCUUCACUUACCAAAGGAAAUGACACAGAUAAAGUAAAAAUGGGAACCCUGCGAAGAGCAGAUGGCUUUGAGAGAAGCUUUUCUGGAACCAGUAAUCACAGCAUCCCAUCCACAAAUACGAACUUUUCUGAAACAAAUGGUAACUUAAAAUUAUUUCAUGAGAGAAGUUCCCAGGAAGUAACCACUCCAGCUUUAUCAGAAAACUCUAAAGACUCAGUAAUUAAAGAAAAAUUGCCAAUACAGGCAUCGGCGGUUAUUGUUUCCAACGACAUGGACACAAAUUCUAGCACUUCAACUGGCUUAAAACCAGCAGCAUCAGUAGCUGUUUCUGUUUCAAGUUCAGAAUUUCUAGAUGUUUCUGCAGAGAAACUUUCUGCUUCACCUUUUGCUUUCAGUGCAUGUAACAGCUCAUUACCCAGACUUAUUAAAGAUGCAGGUACGUCUUCCUUUAAAAAGAAAGACAGGAAAUACGUUUUACCUCAGUUUUAUCUGGGAAAAUGUGAUCAUGUGGAUAAAACUGAUAACCAGGAUGAAAGCAAACUUAGAAAACAUGGUCCUGUAACAAACCCCACAGUUUCUGAUGCUUCAACCAGUCCUAAUUUAGACUCGGCAGAAAGUAAGCAGCCAAAUUUUUCACUUCCCUUUGGCAGUUCAGAAGGAGAUUGUUUUGCAGGAUUGGGAGUCAGCAAUUCAUUUAAGGUUUUACCAUUACCUUCACCUUUUAGCCAAUCUGAGAAGCCAUCAGACAAAAAUACAUCAACUCACAUGACAGAAAAAACACUUUCUGCAAAGGAAACUACAGAAUAUGACACACAGAAACCACCUGUCUCAUGGGAAGAAAAAGCUAAUGCCUCAGAAUCCAUCACAGCUGUAGCUUGCAGCACUUCAGAAACCAACACUGCAGCUGGGGUGAAUGAUGUCUCCCAGUCCCCCCUGCUCCCCACUAAUUGUGUAUUUUCCUUCAAAAAUAACUGUUUUCAGUUGCCUUCACCAGUAUUUUCAUUUGGAAGUAUUGUCAGAAAUACCUCUGAUUCACUGACUUCUCCCAUGUUUUUGUCUGGAAAUAGUACUGAAAAAAUGGAAAAAGAGACAAUGAAAUCUCUAGAUUUAGAGGUGUUUCAUCAGGAGAAGUCUGCAUCUUCAGAGUGUGCAGAGCCUGCUUCUAGACAUAGUCAUCCAAAGUGUGAAGGUUCAUUCUUUGCCGUGAACUCAUCUAAGAAAACAGAAAGUGCAGAAGUGCUUGCUGAUAGUAAUUCUUCCUGUAGUCAGCCUUUAUUCAGUUCAGUUGUCCUUCCUGUUAAAUACGAGAAUGCAUCUUCCACUCAACCUAUUAUUACAGUAGCAAACCAACAAACAGAGGUAAAAGAUGAAGAAAGUGAAAAUAACUCUUCCUGUCCUGGGAGGGAAGAUGAACCCAAAUCCGUUUCGUUUCAGAACGCAGCUUGUUCUGUUCCUGGCACGUGCAAUGAUCCAUCAUUAGGAGGGUCUGUGCUUACAGUAAAUGAGGCUGGAGGAAUGCCAAGUGACAGUGAUUCUGACACUGAAGAGCUGAGUCAAAUAUCCAUCUCUACUGAUACCAGCAGCGUAUCAGAAUAGUUUUCUGUUCUCAAAGACAAUAUAUCUACUAGAAGAAAAUUGGAGACAUGAAGAGAGAGUGAAAUGGCAGAUAACUAUACUUAAAUUAAGCUGGAGUUAAAUAAAUGCUACUUAACAUAUUAAAAAGUGGGAAUACCUGUGCUUUUAACAGCUGUUAAAUUCUCCGAUUCUUGCCAAUUGAAGUAUCUCAGUGUUAGAAACAUAACUGCUUAUCAGCAAGUACAAUGUACCAAAGUGAUUUUUAUAGUACAAACCUAAACUGAAGAAAGAACUGAAAAUGUUGUGUCUUGUUAUAAAGACUUAAGUAUGACCACAUAGGCUGUAUCUUUAAGAGGGCAGACCUUCUGAGAAGUGCCACUGGGGUGUGUGUGGGUGGCAGGGGCUGCAGUGUCCCAGAAGGUGGGUUCAGUGAAGCGUGGGCAGCAGAAGCAGUGUAUUGCUGUUUUGGCACAGCAGCACUUGCACCAGGGUUAGAUCGGUAAGGAGAGUUCAGCCAACAGCCUUCACCUCAUGGGCAGGGAGGGCGCAGAGCUAUGGGGAAGACAAAGGGUGUUGAAGGGCAUUACUGAAAAUUGUUUUGUGUAUCUCCCUUUGGCUGUUUUCUUCUUCUAUGAUGUAUUUAAUGUACAUUGAAGGUGUAACUUCUAGUGUAAUUUCAAUAAUUUCUCUUCAGCAUUUGAAAUUGAAACACCACAUCGAUGUUCUUGUUACACAUUGCAGAAGGGAGCCAGCUAUGCUUCUGAAAUGCUGCCUUUCUGAAAAGUAACCAUCACAAUUUUCAGUUCCUUUUGGCAGCAGCUUAGGAAUCAGUGGGCAGAUAUUAACUUGUUGGUUUGAUUCUCCUAAUGCUUUCAUCUAGCUUUUAAAACGCAAAACCUCCUUUUAAAAUUUGUGUAGCGACAGGAAAAAAAGGAAAACAGCACUUCUCACUGUAAGUAUUCAUGAUCCAGAACUCAUUCGAUUUUGAGUUUGUGAAAUAUGACACAAAGUGAGGAUUAAAAAAGACCAUCUUUUCUAAUUUAUUAAGCCUUUUGUUACAUCCAAGAGAGAAUUGUGCUUUAGCUAUUAGAAUACGUAAACAGUAGUACUAUUUCAGAUUAAAGCUCUAUUUCAUUUAGUGUUCACUCUCCAGCAAGAGCUGGUGCUAGAUUUCAAAUAAAUUAAUCCUGCAUUAGGUAAAUCAACUAUCAAGUAUUGGAUCAGAAUGUAGAAUGUUUAAUAUCCCUUCAGAAUUUUUCACUGGCAACUAGACAGUUGUCUUUUUUUUUUCCUAAUAUCCAAAUUAUUUUUGUAACUUCAUAGGACAAGUAUCACUUAAAUUUAAAUCUCUGCAAGGCUUUCUAAUAUAUUUACUGUGACAGAAUACUAUUCUUGGUUUAGGAAACGUUGACCUAAUUUUGAUUUGUGUUAAAUUCUUGGCCUCAGUUUUUCUGUGGCAGGGCAUUUCUCUAUUAAAUCUGCAGGAAAAUAGUUUCUAGAAUUUAUAAAACUUACUAAUCUUCCCUUUGCAUCUGCAUUAUAGUAGGGAAGGUGGUGAAAAAUCUCUUUAUUGUUAGUUUUAUAGUUCUUUAUGUUAAUCUAAGUAUUACUGUAUUUCAGUUUUCUCCUAAGAAUUGUUCUGCUUUUAUCUCUAGACAUUCUUGUCAUGUUCUACUGCGUGUGUAGGAGAGAAGUGUUAAAAAGGUAUUAAGUGAAAUUACUGGGAGACAAAGGCUGAGUGUGACAAUAAUGGCAGAGAGCAUCAUGGCUGGAGGUUGAUCUCACUAUAAUGAAAACGAGGGAAAUGGAGCAAUUUUAGAGAGACAGAUAAGGCAUCUAUAAAAUUUGUUGCCAGAAGGUUGUAGAAAAAUGUUUGUUUUCUGCUACAGUAACCAAAAAAAAAAUCCUAGUGGGUUAGGGUUAUUAAGAAACCCUAUUGAAUUUCUUAAAAUUGCUUAUUUUUGACAUAUCUUCUGUUCUUUUACAGUGUUUCAUGAGAGUUUUGGUAAAGUUAGACUUAAAAGCAGAUACUUCAUCUUUUAGUGAAAAGACACCGUUAUAAAAUCAUAAAGCAAAUAGACAAUGAUACACUGUUUUUAAAAGCAGAAAUUGUUGGGGUGUGGGUUCAAUGGAGUUCUAGGACUGCUUUCCAAGCAUGGCGAGUUGUCAAGGGCAUUAUAGCUCAGCAUUCAGGUUUUACAGGGGGAGAUGAGCAGUCAGCAGGAUAUUUUAUUUACAGUAUGUCACAGUAAUAUUACAGUCCAUCCAGAUAUGAAAUCAGAAUUAUAGAAUUUUUUAAAUAUUUUCACAGGUUGAUUCUGUGGUCAUUUUGACUUAAUCGCUUUGCCAUCUUUCACUAUUGACUCCUUACUAAAAGCCAUACCAGGAGGGAGGUGCUUUUUAUGUACAUUAUUAAAAGUGAAAUGUUGAUUACUGUUACUGAUGCUUUAAGAGACGUUACAGACUUCAGCAUAUAAAAUUAGUACCCUGUGAUAGACCCAAUAAGUUUGUUUUUCACUCAGGAUUUCAUGCUUACUCAUCAAAUAAUUGAGAACACAAUAGGACCAAUUUCUGACUUCAAUUCCUCAGUCAAUUAGUUGUGUCUUAGCUAAAAAGAUUACUCCAUUUAUAUUGGGAAGCAGAAAUACAGAAUGGUCUAAAUAAGGUCACUUCUACCCUAGUUGAGUAACAGUUGUGCAAGAUUUAUCUACAUAUGGCAUGACUUGCCAGACAGUAAAGAAUAAUUUGAGUAAAUUUUAUUGUCCAAGCAGAGUUAAAGCAGUCUUUUCUACCACUGUGCUCCAUUUCUGUCAUAAUUUUGAUUCACACAUUAAAAAACUGGAAGGAAAAAAAAGAGUUUAAGUCAGUUGAUGGGAGCACAGGAGCACUUCCUGACUCCAAACAGGUUCUCCCCCCCCCCCAGUAUCUCCUACCAACAUGUUGCGUGUGUAGUGCUGCCUAAAGAGAUUUCACAUUAAAGACUUCAUCAGUGAUCGCUAGAUGAACAGCAGAGCUAAUUGGAAGAAAUGGGAUUCUGAAUUGUCCUUGAUGCACCUUUUGCUUAUUAUCAAUAGAGAGUAACUUCUGUCACUAUCUUGGUCAUCAUUAUAAAACUGUAUAUCGCAAUGAGGACACUUUCCUAGGUUAUCUAAAUAUUACUAUGUGUGUAUAUAUAUAUUUUUUCAGACUGAGUAGACUAAUAUUUAGUGUUAAACUGAAGAAUUUUCAGGAAUAGUGUGAAAAUACUGCUGGAAGCUUUGCUCUUUCUAGAAAAAAACCAAGAAAAUAGGGAUAAUUAUUUUAC